AUGGCGGUAGUGGGAAUGGACGGGAACAAUCAGAUUUAUCCAAUUGCUUAUGCUGUGGUGGAAGCCGAGACAAGAGACUCAUGGAAGUGGUUUCUGGAUCUUUUAUUAGCAGAUCUGAACAACAUUUUUCUAAGGUCUUAUGGUUUUAUUUCAGACCAACAAAAGGGCUUGGUACCGGCUAUUGCUGACUUGGGGCCGAAUGUAGAACACAGGUUGUGUGUUAAGCACUUGUACGGAAACUGGAAGAAGAGGUACCCUGGCGCACGUAUGAAAGAGUUACUAUGGCAAGCAUCUAGGGCAACUGUAGUUCCAGAUUGGGAAAGAGCCAUGAAAAAAAUUGAACUUAUCGAUCCAGCUGCUUGUAAAGACAUGAAGGACAUUCCGGCUGCCAUGUGGAGUAGGUCUGCAUUCCGCACUUACAAUCAUUGUGAUUUGCAGGUAAAUAACAUGUGUGAGGCGUUCAACAUGGCUAUAUUGGAGUAUAGAGACAAGCACAUCAUCAUUUUACUCGAAGUUAUAAAGCAUUACAUUACAACAAGGAUAGUGAAGCAGAAAAAUCUCAUUACUCGAUUCAGAGGCAAUAUUUGUCCUAGGGUGGAACAAACUAUUGAAAGAUUGAAGAGGGAAGCUGGUUGUUGGACACCAACAUGGCACGGAGAUGAUGCUUUCAAUAUCUUUAGUGUGACCAAUGGUACGGACACUUACGAGUAUUAUAGGAAAACAAGUUUCAAGGCCACAUACUCUUAUAUUGUUCUACCUUCGAAUGGUCCAAGACUUUGGCCAACAACGGAAGGUAAACCAAUUAAUCCACCAGUCAUGAGGAGAGCUCCAGGACGACCCAAAAAGAAAAGAAACAAGUCUAAUGAUGAGCCCAUUUCAAGCAAUGUGUUACCUAGAAUCUUGACAACUGUCAAGUGUAAAAGCUGUGGGAAUUUUGGGCACAAUUCAAGGACGUGCAAGGGAAAGACAGCAGCGGAUCGACAGUUGCCCAAAGGAUGUAAUAAGACAAAUAAGCAGAAGAAAGCAUCAACCUCAGGAAAUACCAAAACAAAGAAGCAAAAGAAGUCAUCAACCGAUGAAGCGCCUACUGUUUUGACACAAGGAUCGCAGGCGCCUCUAACACAAGAAACAACUAGAUAG